CUUCCAUCUGUCUCUUCUCUUUGGCACCCUCCUCAAUUCAUUCAUUCAUUCCUUUGCACUCUAUCUAGCCUUGCAUCGUGCCUUGCAGACCAAAACAAGCUUCUGUUGCCCUUUGCUUUCGUUGUCAAUUCGUUCAUCCAUCGCACCUCCAUACAUUCGACUUGCUGCGGCCUGCAGCAUAUACAUACACACACACAGCCCACCACACCGCCGAGCUUGCCCUCCCUUUUUCUUUUCUUUCCUUGCCUUGCCUUCCCUUCGUUCUGUCCACACCGAAUCCUCUUGCAAUCACAAUCGCCUUGCUCAGGGCCACCCAUUGCACUGGCCAAAAGCUGUUGCCGACACUCUCUCGAAGCUUUGCGUGCUUAAGAAGGUUCCGUGGACGUCCCUGCCCGCAUGCGCUCCCUCCACGCUUUUCAAUUUUUCAAUUGCCAACCUGGACUUGCAGAGCGGGCUUACAGACAUACAUGAACCUGCGAGCGAUGCGAUGGCACCCUCAGCUCGGGAAGGUGGAAGCAACGGUCGGCGAAAGAGCAUGAAUCUCUUCUCGAGGGCAGCCGUAGCUACGAGCAUCACACAGAUAAAUACAGAUGUUGGACACGGCGAUGCAGACGAUCCGGGAAACAAAGAUAGGAAAAAGCUGGGGAAGCGAGGCUCGAUCUUCAGCAUUGGCUCCGGUACGAGUCCAGAUCUGCACCAGGGCGGAUGGACGAGCCCGAUCGAACGGUCGAAUUCCCCCAAGCUGCGACCGCGCACGCUUCAGAAGGGCAGGCCGUCGUCGCUUUUUGGCUCUUUGGGGAGGAAGUCGGCCACUUAUGUUGACGAAGGGGAAGAAGCCGACACCUUGUAUUCUGCCACCCCCGAAUCACCGGAAGUCGAGCUUGGAGCGUCGAACAGUAAGACGGUACUUCACCAUGGGGAGGUUCAGACUACAAGUGGCAUGUUCAGGAAGAAAAGGGAGUAUUUGGUGUUGACUGAGACACAUUUGAUACGCUUCAAGAGCCAGUCGCGGGCAUACGAGGUCUUCCCUUCUAUUUUAUCUGCGCCCGGUCGAGGGACUGCGACUCGUCACGCAUCUACGGCCUCGAUUGGCUCAUUGCAAGAAGUCCAGUCGGUCAAUUCGCACUCUUCAGUUGAUUCCGAAACUCGGAUCCCUCUAGGCCAGAUCGUGACAGCAUAUAAGGUAGAAGAUGGGCGCCCCUUCUACACGACUGAGGUUGUUUACUUGGACGAGGAAUAUCACGGGGCCGGGGCAAUUCAGCUCAUGCUUCACGAUCCAAAAGAAGCAGAUCUUUGGCAUACCUCCAUCAGAGCAGCUGCUGAAAAGGCGAGGUUGCUCAUGCCUGAGCCAUAUUCCCGGAGAGUUGUUCGUUACCUGGUUCAGAUUCUCGAAGCUGCCGAUGAUUAUGAUGCCAACCAUUUCCAAGUUUUCCGGGUACUUCGCAGAGCAGCAGUUCCCAAAGGUGGGCGAUCAUCCUCGGAUGAGCUUCAGAAGUUGGGAGCUUCGGUGUUUUAUAUGGUGAUUGGUAUCAAUCGCUUGCAUAUGAUACCUAUACCUGAUUUCAGUGAUCCAUCCGGGCGGCUCGCCAUUCCCAAAUUAAGCAAAAAUGUCUUUGGACUCGUCACACUAGUUGCAAUGAACGUCAGCUAUCCUGAUGACAGAUUCGAGUUGAGCUUUCGGAUGCCUUUGCAGCCAACAAAGCUACUCGAGUUGGCUGCCUCUUCGCCCACUGAUAUUGCCAUUGCAAUCUCCAGAGCCUACCGAUAUCUGAAACCACAAUGGCUGGAUUGCAACUUCUCAUUUGCAGGACCAACACGGCUACUACAGACAGCUGAUGAUCUCCUCCUUCUGGAAGAAGAGGAGGAGUAUGGUUCCUUCGAUAGGACUCUUGUUGCCUACUGCAUGGCUUACAAUUGUAAUCCGGUAAAUAUACAGUACGCAGUGGACUGGGAGGUUGAAGAUGCACCUGAGUUCAGGUUAUUUCACCCAGCCAACACUCCCAAGUAUUCUAUGUACGAGUUGCUUGCAAUCAUGAGAGCUCUCCGCUACAAUGAAUCGUUUUGUUCAAUUUCAUUCAGAGAUAUUGACUUGCACAGCAUGCAUGGUCUACAUGAUAACUACGGAACUGAUCAUGUAGCUUCGAGCACUCGUGCUGGUAAGUUCCGUGGCAAUCAUUUCACGACAAGUCUAAGUUCGUCAGGACUGCCCAUACGAACAUACUUCAAUAUAAAGCCGCAAGAGAGGUCGAUUCUCUACCAGGAGGUCCAGGCUCUAGCGCUGAAAUCGACCCGGCUAAAAAGGGUGGAUUUCAGUGGUUGCCUCCCUAGAAGACGGCCAAGAGACACCUUUGAUGUGGAAGGUCACGAAGUUGAGAAGGAUCCAGGUUGCGAGAUUGUUGCCGCGUUAUUGCCGUUAUGUCGUGGACAACUCACUGAUGUCAGCUGGAUUGUCUUGAGUGGGAUCGAGCUGGGAGAGACCGAUCUUGAUGACCUAAUUCCCGCGUUGGACGAACCCCGGUCCCGGAUCAGAGCCAUUGAAUGUUCACGCAGUGGCUUGAAUGAUCGAGGUAUCAUGCAGCUUUUAGGUCAUUUAGAACGUCAAAAUAGCACCUUGGAAUGCAUCAAUAUCUCCGAUAAUCCAGGAAGAAUUCAUCUUGGGCGAUUUCAAGUCUCUAUGAGCCGGUUUGCCAUGAUUCGGAAGCUUGACCUCUCAAGAAUUACUCGAACAUUGGGUGAAGAGCCUCUCAUUGUUCCCGAAGUUCUGUUAUCAUGGAGACUUGAAGAGCUCAUCUUGAAUGGAAUUCCAGUCAACGACAAGACGCUCGACUCUAUCUCGGCGUAUUUGGCAAGCGAUAUGUCAGACAGCCUUCGUCUUCUAGAAAUGGAACAGUGCAACUUGAAUGGCAGUCAUGUAGCCGUGUUAAUGCGAUCCAUGACUAGGGUGGCUGGAGAGGCCCGCAACUUGCAGCUUCAUGUCAGCGCCAAUAGGCUUGAAAAAGGAGUAGGUGAGAUCGUCAAAGCCAUUGAGGAAAACUACACUCCAUCCCACCUCGUUGUGCGGAUGAUUGAAUUUACCAAAGAGGACCACUUCAAACAACUACUCCAGGCCUUGCGCACCAACACCACGAUUCGUUCAUUGGAUAUCUCCAAGGCUUCCCUUCCUUAUGACGCUGGGCCAGAAACCUGCGAUGCUCUGCGACUGCUCUUCGCCGAAAAUACAACCCUUGAAGAACUAGAUAUCUCGGGCGAGCAAGCCCACUUGGAAGUGACCCGGUUUGGAAUCGGCCUUAAUCAAGCACUUACAGGUCUCAAGCAGAACAAAGCCCUCAAAAUGUUACGGAUUGAAUAUCAGAAUCUUGGUCUAGAAGGUGCGAACACACUGUCAUCCGUCCUUGAAGAAAACAAAUCUCUCACCCACAUCCAUUGUGAGCACAACGAUAUCAAUCUCCAAGGUUUCACCAUCCUCGUCAAUGCUCUUGCGAAAAACUACAGCAUUCUAGAGCUCCCAUUCUUUCGCGAUGAUCAAGGGCAAUCAAUGAAACGAAUGAGUGCAAGUAUAAAGGACCAUCGCCGUGCAUCUUUCAACGUCAACAAUGAUAAUGUGAAAUCUUCUGUGCGUCGUACGUUGACGGUGUUCGGUGUAGCAAAGCCCCAGAAACAGGAUUUGACCCCACAAGACAUCGAAGCUGUGGUAAGGGUACUAGGUGAGAAAUGGGAAAUGGAAAUUCAACGAUUGGCGGUGUUCUUGGACCGUAAUAGGAAGAUCGCUGCUGGAGUUGAGGGAUAUGGUUCAGACUGCGAGGGAAUUCUCAGCGAUGAAGCCAUGAGGCCCAUGACGGCGUUGAGCGAUCGAGGAAUUUUGGAACAAGUUCUGAAAAGCACCACAUCAAAGGUCGAGGUUGGGAACACCCUUGAUAGCACAACCCACAAGCUUGCGGGCCUGGGUAUCAAUACCGAGAAGGGAAAUGAAAAAGACAACACGAAAGCAGUGGAAGCCGGGGAUGAGUUAUAUGAUGAGACACCUAAAGAACCCAUCAGAACGGUUGGGUUUUUACCGGAACUACCAGUCAUCACUCACGAGAAAGUGUUCGACCUGGACGGAGCGCUGUUUCAGCUGGAGUCAUGAAAUGAAACUUCAAGUUCAUCUUCAAUUGGAAUAUGGCCCGACAUGGCAUGAGAUGAGAUAAUUGAAUCCAUUCGGCUUUAACCAGGCGCUGCAUCGUAGCAAGCAGGAAGCGUACUAAGGUACUUACUUACCUCCUUCGCAGCACUGCGUAGCAAAGGCACGUAGAAGGAAGAAGGACAGGGCGGCGUAGGCAGGCGAGGCAGCUGAUGCACCCGCAUUACAACGACUUACGGGGAAGGGGGGAAGAGGCGCGUGCAGCAGGGACCAUGAAUACACGAGGAAUGGGACAGAACUGAUGACCGAGAAGCAAUCGGGGUUGUAUGUAUAUGUAUGUAUAUAUGUAUCUAUCUAUCUAGCAGACGAGAAAUGGACAUGGGAAAAUGUCAUGAAUGAGAUCGAUUGGUCGAUAGGUGAUGAUGAUGAUGAUGAUGAUGAGAGAGUGUAUGUAUGUAUAUCUUAUAUGGUCU